UGAGCAAAGCACAGGGGAUGGAUGCGUCUUUGGGUUUGUUUCUGAGCAUUCUCAUCUCCCCUGCAGAUUUAGCAGCCUUUGACUAAAUCUGGGCCGUUAAAAUGACCCCAUCUAUGGGAUUUGAGUACUAUUCCUCUUUAGCCGUCCUGAAACAACAGAUCAUCACACUGCCAGUUAGAUCGGAUCCCGCAUUCAUAACAAGACCUUUGUGGUUUUAAUACUAUGCCACCCCCUCUCACGGGGCUCUUAUUCAAUUCUACAGACCCAUGUUGAAAUUGUUUGUAUUACACUUGGGUAUGUGAGAGAAGUGAAUCUAUACGAGAGAAUGAAUGUUUUCAUUAUUGGACAGGUGAGGGAAUGAAUGUUUUGAUUGUUGGGUUUCUGAAAGAAUGAGCUUUCCAUUGUUGGGUAUGCAAGGAAAUGAAGUAUUCAUGAUUUGGAUUGAUUUUUUCAUUGUUGGGUGUGUGAGAGAAUGAAAAAUUUUCAUUGUUGGGCUAUUGAAUUGAAGCCUGAUCAUCAUCUUCUUCAUAGAUUGAAAUGAACCUGUCGUUGCUUCUCUGAGUGUUUUUGUUGAUGGGAAAUGUAACUUCUAGUGUUGCCGCAAAGUUUGCGUUUUUCCCACCAGACCCACCAACCUAUGAUGUUUACAGUGAUGAAGGUAAGUUCUUCUUCACAGGGGUUGGCCCUGAUGAAAACAUGGAUGUUCACCUUCUUGACACAAAGGGGGGCAAUAAGAUUGUAGCCACUUUUUGGAGACACCCAUUUGCGAGGUUCACUUUGCUUUACUCUCAUGGAAAUGCUGCUGAUCUAGGCCAGAUGCAUGAGCUGUUCAUUGAGCUUAGAGCCCAUCUUCGUGUUAAUAUUAUGAGUUAUGAUUACUCCGGAUAUGGAGCGUCUUCUGGCAAGGCCUCAGAGUUCAACACAUACUAUGACAUAGAGGCAGUGUAUCAAUGCUUGAAAAGAGAGUAUGGAAUUAGACAGGAGGAUGUGAUUCUUUAUGGGCAGUCAGUUGGGAGCGGACCCACUUUACACUUGGCUUCUCGUUUACCGAAGCUAAGAGCAGUUGUUCUUCAUAGUGCCAUUCUAUCGGGCAUACGCGUUCUCUAUCCAGUGAAAAUGACAUUCUGGUUCGACAUUUUUAAAAACAUUGACAAGAUACGGCAUGUCAACUGCCCUGUUCUUGUAAUACAUGGAACUGAAGAUGACAUAGUCGAUUGGUCUCAUGGGAAACGAUUGUGGGAGCUUUCCAAGGAGAAAUACGAGCCUUUAUGGAUCAAAGGCGGUGGUCAUUGCAACUUGGAGACCUACCCAGAAUACAUCAAACACCUCCGCAAAUUCAUAAAUGCAAUGGAGAAGCUCUCUCUUGUGAAACAAUCAAAGCUAAGUAACCCGCAAAACCAGAGCUUCACUGAGUCUAAACAUAACAAGUGCUUGAGAUUUGGAAAGAAAUAAAAGAAGUUGCUUCUUCAUUCCGGGGUCAAGUGCUAGAGGAACCAUGCCCAUUUAUAAGCAUUCAUAGAAAGCUCAAGCUCAUCAUUUUCAUGGCAGAUUGCUUUGUUUUUGAAGCAAAGCCUGGUAUUUACUAGGAUUGCUUUUUUGGGUAUUUCUUGUUAACUCUAGGAAGAGGUUAGAGAGCUCGUUUUAAUUGGAUAUUUUGUGUCUUACACUGUAUGGAAACUUUUUAGUUGUUUCGAUUUUGUUGGCAGCCUUCCCUUGUGAAAGAACAUAUUCUGGGCCUCUGAUCAGGAUCGAUUACUCGAUCGGCCAUGUUAGAGUCUUCUGUAAAGUAGAUUACCAUUCAAUUUCAAUGGAUAUAGAAAGGCGUUCAAUCUGGUUUUUA